AUGCUUCGCCGCAUAUUUGCCCGCUUCUCCCCGAAGCUGAGUAAGGCGUACCCGAUGAUUGACCACACCUUUGACUGUGUGGUGGUUGGUGCCGGUGGUUCAGGGCUUCGUGCUGCGAUGGGCGUUGCCGCGUCCGGCUACGACGUGGCAUGCAUCUCUAAACUCUAUCCAUCAAGGUCACACACCAUUGCUGCCCAGGGCGGCAUCAACGCAGCACUUGCCAACUGUGAGGAGGACGACUGGCGUUGGCAUGUGUACGAUACCGUGAAGGGAAGUGACUGGCUGGGGGAUCAGGAUGCAAUUCAGUACAUGUGCCAAGAAGCUCCGUGUGUGGUCUCAGAACUAGAGAGCAUGGGACUUCCCUUCUUGCGUACAAAAGAUGGAUUUAUUUAUCAACGUGCAUUUGGCGGCCAAUCUAUUCACUUUGGUGGAAAACAGGCGCGCCGGACGUGUGCCGCGUCGGACCGCACGGGACACGCAAUGCUCCACACACUCUAUGGGCA